AUGAAACUGCGAUCCAAUUUAAAUUCCUUGCUGGAACUGGAUCUAAAUGGCCUGAUUGCUGUUCAAAGAGAUAUUACGCGAUUGAUAGAGUUAAAAGUAGAUGAAUUACAAUCGAAUACAAAAAAGAAUCCCGUAAACAGGAACUGUGCUGGUCAGAAAUCCUCACAAAAGAAUGCGACUUUUGAGAACAAGGAGAACGUCGAGUUCCAAGAAACAAUUGUGGGGGAGAGUGACUAUUGGGAUUCUCAGGAUUAUAUCUUGACGCAGUUCGAUAAUAAAGCAAGAGAGAAGUCACCACGAAAACCUUAUAAUGAGCAACAGAUUUUGCAAAUUGCAAGCAGUCAAGAGGCAUUUAAAAAAACUGACCUCAGUUCUCCUCUAAAGGAAUCGCAGCCUUUGGAAGAUUCAGUCAAAUUAUGCAUGGGCAAGAACCUAAACAACAAGGGCAAUGCUAUAACAUUAACAGCUGGUCCAAAGUUUGACCAUUAUCAAAAUUUGCUAAAUGAAAAUAAUACCAAUUGCAACAAUCACUGUUUGGCGGGUUCCAGCACCUCAGUAAAGGAUAAGAAUAUAGAUUCAGAAGUACCGAAGAGAGAGUUUAUUGAGCACAUUAGCUUCAAUAAACAUCCAUUGAAUAAGAGAGCUUGGAUAUUAGAAGACUUCAAAAGAAACGAAAACGCAAAUUUAGGGACAAGAGGACGAAAGAAGUUCAAAACAGUUAAACUGCAGAAGUUUUAUGCUAAAGCAGGUCUGCCGCCUGAUCUCGAUGGCAUACCGAAAGCAAAAGGAAUAAUCAACGGACACUACAUGUUAGAUGAAGGUGAUAGCUACAAGUUCGAUAAUUUAAGAGAAAGGUCUAACUCUCCCCCUGGUUACGGAAGGCUAGAUUUUCCCACCACCCAAGAAAGAUUUGAUGAUAAGCAAAAAUCGCAGGAAAUUAUAUUCCGAAAGACAAGAGAGAGAUUUAUUGAAGCAACAUGUACCAACAUUCCUACAUAUGAAAGGGGAUAUAUUUUUAAGAGCGAUCAUCUAAAUCAACUUGUUGACGACGGCGCAAUUGAGUGGAAUGAGGAAGAACUUGAAAUUUUUACAAGAAAAUGA